GUGGGAGGGGAAUUCGCUGUCAGCAAGGCAGAGCAAAAGCGACAGAUAGAGGCGCUGAGGACACUGAACUCCUGCCUCACCACUCUGGCAGCCGACCAGCCGGAGCUUUUUGAAGGUCUGAGUAUUCGCCUUUAUCACCCCGACUCGGCGCCCUUUGACACGUCAUCCUUCCUGGAUGACAGCGGCUCGUAUAAUCUGCGCACAAGCUCUAUAGAGAGCUACGUGGCAGACGACGGAUGCCUGCACAUAGUGGCGGACCGGCACCGGAUUCAGGAGGCAGUGGCCAGCCUCGAUCUUGGCCGCGCGCGCCUGCUCACCCGCCUUUCCCUCUUCUGGGUGCACCGCGUCAGGCAGCUGUCGCCGCCGCUGAAGGCGCUGCUGGGCACGGACAACGUGUGGUGCGACUCACGCACGGAGGAGGGCAGCCAGAAGUUCGUGCUCUGGGCCGGCUGCGUCCUCGAACGCAGGCGCGGCCCUUUGGAGGAAUUUGAUCGGGUACUGGGCGGGCGGAGGUUUGCCUUUUCAUUGCUGGUGCACUCGGACGAGUCAUCACCGAUGGUGGACUUCCUGGCGACUUCCUCGGUUCUGCAGGUGCGGUCAAACUGUCCUCCACCUCGGUUGCUGGAGUUUCUGGCGGGCGAAAUGGGAUUGGCAGCCAACGAGGCGGCCGAGAGCGUCGCCAGCAGCAAAGCGGAAGAGGAGGCCCUGCUUGAAAAGGUGCGCGCGGCGCUGGGCGCGAAGCAUGUGAUCUGCGUGUGCUCCAGCUACGACAGCGCGGGAGUCAUGGACGCAGCACAGCGCCUGCUAGACUGCGCGGAUGUGCUUCGCGGAGUCGUUGACCUGUCCGGUGCGAGCAUAGCGAUCGACGACUGCUACGAGCUAUGGGAGAGCGGUUUCAUCUCCAUCCCCCACAACUUCCAGGUCAAGGACCUCCGCCCGGAGCUGCGCAAGCUGCUA